UAAAAUUUUGAUUCUUGGUACGUCGCAAAUAAAAACAAUUUUAGCUAAUUGUAAAUAAAUCGUUAAUAAUGGCAAUUUAUCGUUAAUGAAUUGUACAUUUUUUCUCAAAACAUCCCGUAGAUUUAUUUUAGCCCGUCAUCUUCUAGUGACAUUUACGUCACAUGUUGUGGUACUUCCGAUAUUUUGACGGAACGUGUUGCGCAUGCUUCAUAAAAUCCAUCUUUUAUUCCUUGUUUAGAAAGAUGGCAGACAACAAACUUUAUGAUAUAUUAGGUGUGAGCAGAAAUGCCUCAGAUAACGAAAUUAAAAAGCAAUAUAGGAAGCUAGCGAAGGAAUUCCACCCGGACAAGAACCCUGCCGCCGGCGACAAAUUCAAGGAGAUCAGCUAUGCCUACGAAGUGCUGUCCGACCCCAAGAAGCGCUCCCUGUACGACAGGGUCGGCCUCAAAGGCAUGCAGGAGGGCGCCAGCGACGGCUUCGGCGGCGAGGACUUCCUCUCCCACCUGUUCGGCGGCGGUCUGUUCGGCGGAUUCGGCGGGUUCGGCGGCGGCGGCGGCGGGCCGAGGAGGCGGCAGCGCGGCGAGGACACGCUGCACCCGCUGAAAGUCACGCUGGAGGACCUGUACAACGGGAAGACGUCCAAGUUGCAAUUGAGCAAGAACGUUAUUUGCGCCACGUGCCAAGGGAAGGGCAGCAAGAGCGGCGUGACCGAGAGGUGCUCGAGUUGCAACGGGUGCGGAUUGAAAGUAAUGUAUCGACAGAUAGCGCCCGGAAUGGCCCAACAGACCCAAACUAGAUGCUUGGAUUGUCAAGGUGAAGGCGAGAUGAUCAAAGAAAAAGACAGAUGCGUAACUUGCAAAGGGAAAAAAGUGUGCAAUGAAACCAAGGUCCUGGAGGUCCACAUCGACAAGGGCAUGAUGGAGAACCAGAAGAUAUUCUUUAGAGGCGAAGGCGACCAACAGCCCGACGUCGAGCCGGGAAACGUGGUGAUCAUUUUGCAGCAGAAGCCGCACGAAAAGUUCCAAAGGACCGGCGACGAUUUGCACGUCAAGCACACGCUUUCGUUGACGGAAGCGCUGUGCGGCUUUUCGUUCGUGAUCCGCCAUCUGGACGGCAGAGACAUUCUUAUAAAGCAUCCCGCCGGCGAUGUCGUGAAACCGGGCGGUGUAAAAUGUGUAACGAACGAGGGCAUGCCACGUUAUAAAAAUCCGUUCGAUAAGGGGAACUUGUACAUUUCUUUUGAUGUCAAAUUUCCGGAUAACCACUUUACUAGUGAGACUAAUCUAAAAGCGUUAGAAACUUUAUUACCUCCCAGGCCGGCUUUCACGAUGCCCGUAGGAGAACACGUGGAAGAAGUAGAUUUAAACGAUUUCGAUCCGGCUGAUAAGGGUUCGCACUCGUCUAGAGGAGAAGCCUACGCUAGCGAUGACGAAGAUCACGCGCAGCCCGGCAUUCAAUGUGCACAUCAAUAGGUUAAUUUCUUAUUUAGUUUAUUAUUGCGAAUCUGUAUGUUGUGCUGCGCUUCUUUCUGAAUAAGGAUAUUGUAACAUGAAAUUAACUAUUGUAGAAAGAUGAGUUUUGAUUCAGUAAUGGGAAUGUGUUUUUUUUUAGUAAAACUUCAAAUUGUGGCAACUUCAGAUUGCAGUAUAGGUGACGCUAAUAAAUACCAAUGUUUUUUUUUUCUUUUCGUUUAUCUAAUUUGUACCCUAUAUAUUGCAUUGUACACUUCUGUUACUCAUAUUUCUACAAUCUUAAUAUAAAUUAUUUUAUCAUAUUGUUGUUUAAUUUUUAACUGAAAUGCAUGUAACGGAAUUCUGUUGAAGUUUUGAAAAAUAGUAAGGAAAUUGGAAGUUUUUGUAACGGUAAAAAUUUUAUACUUUGCAUCAUUCCCUAUUUUUGUUCACGAGAUAUCGCAAAUUAAUACACAGUUGGGUAAUAAUGAUCAAUCAUUUCAUGCAGUUGAUCUUACAAUAUUUGAACAAAAUCGUAAAUUCAAAGCACAAACUGGGUCUCGGGUCAAUUAUAAGGUUUUGAUUCACACUCGACCAGAUAUGUAGUAAUGCAUAUGUUACGGAUAAAGCUAGAUCAUACACCUAUUAACUAAUGUCUAUGAGCUAGAUAAAAGACUAAACCUAGGUUUACCUAGGUAAAGUGCGAAAUACUAAAGAAACAUGGGUACGGUAGGAAAGGUUUUUUUGGGUUUGAAACGGCCACGAGAAACCGGAGAAACCUACCUUACCCGCAUUUCGCACUUUACCCGGGUAAACCUAGGUUUAGUCGUUUAUCUAACAUUACCCGUAACACAUAAAGGAAGCUCCUGGGGCUUAUUCCAUAAAGUUAGUCUUGUUUUACGUGCAAUGUAUGGGUCAGUUUCCAACAUGGUCAACAUUAUACCUUUCUAUUAGGUCUAUUAUACCUUUUCUAUGAUGGUCAAUUAGUUGAACAAGGAAAGAUUACCAAAAUGACUGGUUAGAGUGAGAAAGUUGCAAUCACACAAAUAUCACUCCUUCAUUUUCCUUUUUUUUAUACUAAUAGAAGUUGUCUUUGUUGCACCUAUAGACCAUAUUGCGAACUUGAAUGAAUGGAGUAUGGUUCAGGUUUUAAUUGGUUUUAAAUAUAAAUUGUCAUUCAAGGAAUUGCACGUACACUGUGAGUGCAAAUUCUAAAAUGGCAGUAAUAUAUUUAUUUUUUAUAAAUAAUUUAAUUGUUUUUUUCAUCACAAUAAAUAUUGAAACGAA